AUGUCGCUGGAGCCGCCCACAUACCUCAGCUCCCUGCAGAAUAACAUCCGCGCUCGGCCAAUUCCAUGGGAGGGCGCCGUCCGUGCGGGCAACAUCACGGAUGACCACCUCAAGAAGAUCAAGGCUGUGGAUAAAGUGCGCAAGGAGCAGCGCAUUCAGACGAUAGAGGCAGAUCUUGCUGGGUAUACAAGCUUGCUGGCUGGUGGCUCACAGGGCAAGAGUGUUCUGGAGUUGGCCUCUCGGAGAACCGAUAUCGUGCAGUACAUCUUGGUGCUAGCAUCAGACUUGAUUCAGGAUGUCCCUGCGCUGGCCGACUCACUCGUCUCGCACCCCGAGCCCUACAAGCCAUUCCUUCCAUUCUUCCAGAUCUCUACCAACGCCGAAGACCCGAUCCCGCUGCUCACAUCUACCUUCCUCACGGCUCUCGUGUCACACAGCCUUGUGACCUCAUCCAAACCCGCUCAGCGGGAUGAGGAGGCCCUACCUCAAUUAUACCUUUAUCUCUCUACCCUGACCAAGAACCAUGACAGCGGGCUGCAGGAUAUUGGUGUCCAAGGAUUCUCCGAGCUUCUGCGGAAGAAGCACUCUCGCGAGAUCUUUUGGAACCACCGAAAGGAAACUCUGGACCCAUUGAUCGAGACACUCCGCGCCGCGGCGGGGACUAAGGAUAACGGUAGUACUACGGGAAGCAGCACACGUGGCAUUGAGCCUGGUCUUGCUGGAGGCGUGGGUCUUCAGCUGCUAUACCGCGUUCUUUUGGUGAUUUGGCAGCUCACAUUUGAGAGUUCGCUCGUUGGUGACGAGCUCCAAGAGAGCUACGAAAUUAUUCAACUCUACACCCAGCUCCUCCGCCUUUCACCAAAAGAAAAGACGACCCGCCUUCUCCUCGCCACUCUCUACAACCUGUGUGUCAGCAACCGGACGACCCUCCUGCCGGUCGCUGUGUUUGUUCGACUGCCAGCUCUGCUGACUAACCUCGCCGGUCGUCACCUGACGGAUCCUGAUCUCCUCGAAGACCUGAACGGACUUUCUACCAUGCUAGACGAAUACACAAAGACCCAGACUACCUUCGAUCAAUACGCCGCCGAAGUCCAGUCCGGUCACCUGCGCUGGUCGCCCCCACAUAAGAACCCGACCUUCUGGAAGGAAAAUGCUCGCCGAAUCCUGGAUGAAGGAAAUGGCGCAUUGCCCAAGAAGCUGGCAGAGAUUCUUUCCAAAGACUGGGAGAAUGACAAGCAAGUUUUGGCCAUUGCCUGUAACGACGUGGGGCAUUUGGUGAAGGAGCUGCCCGAGCGUCGCACUCAACUCGAACGAACCGGCUUGAAGACGCGAGUCAUGGAGCUGAUGGCCGAUAAGGACGAAUCGGUGCGAUGGGAGAGUCUUCGGGCAGUGGGUGAAUGGCUCCGGUAUACAUUUGAUGGUUGA